UUUCUCAUCCAAAAAAAAAAUCACGAGGUCUAACCCAAUCCAUAAUCCGAAGGGAGUCGAGGAAGCAAGCAGUGCAUAGAAACUUCUUACUGCUACUCCUACCGAGGAAGCAGAUCUACCAGACCACUCACCACGCACGAACCAACCCAUCUUUCUUCCCUUUCUUUUUUCUUAUUUUAUUUCUACAAUUUGUAUUCUGAUUCUGAUCUAGGCGCUCCGCCAACUUUUCUGCUCUCCCUCCCCCCUCUGAUCCCUGGCUGGCAAUGCCCGAAUCUUAUUGAUCCACACUUCUCAUUCUCAGAUCUAAGGGUUUGAAAAUUGAGCGGGAGCGAUGUUGACGAAAUUCGAGACCAAGAGUAAUAGAGUGAAGGGGCUGAGUUUUCAUAGUAAGAGGCCAUGGAUCUUGGCCAGUCUCCACAGUGGUGUGAUCCAGCUCUGGGAUUACAGGAUGGGGACUCUCAUUGAUCGAUUCGACGAGCACGAUGGGCCGGUUCGUGGCGUUCAUUUCCAUAAGUCGCAGCCACUGUUUGUCUCCGGGGGGGAUGAUUACAAGAUCAAGGUGUGGAACUACAAGUUGCAUAGGUGUUUGUUUACUCUUCUAGGUCACCUAGAUUACAUCCGUACUGUUCAGUUCCAUCAUGAACAUCCUUGGAUUGUUAGUGCUAGUGAUGACCAGACUAUCAGAAUUUGGAAUUGGCAAUCACGUACUUGCAUUUCUGUGCUUACCGGGCACAAUCAUUAUGUCAUGUGUGCCUCAUUUCAUCCAAAGGAGGACCUCGUUGUCUCAGCAUCCUUGGAUCAGACUGUUCGUGUUUGGGACAUCAGUUCUCUUAAGAAGAAGUCAGGAACAUCUGCACCUGUUGAUGACAUCUUACGGUUGGGUCAAAUGAAUUCAGAUUUAUUUGGGGGGGUUGAUUCUGUUGUCAAAUAUGUGUUAGAAGGUCAUGAUCGGGGUGUUAAUUGGGCCUCAUUCCAUCCAACACUACCACUGAUUGUCUCUGGAGCAGAUGAUCGUCAAGUGAAACUUUGGAGAAUGAAUGAUACAAAAGCUUGGGAAGUGGACACUCUAAGAGGGCACAUGAAUAAUGUAUCAUGUGUUCUGUUUCACACAAGGCAAGAUAUCAUUGUAUCCAAUUCAGAGGAUAGGAGUAUUCGUGUGUGGGAUGCCACCAAGAGGACUGGUCUUCAGACAUUUCGCAGGGAGCAUGACAGAUUCUGGAUUCUUGCAUCACAUCCUGAGAUGAACCUUUUGGCUGCGGGUCAUGAUAGUGGCAUGAUUGUCUUUAAGUUGGAGAGGGAACGUCCUGCUUUUUCUGUGAGUGGUGAUUCAAUGUACUAUGUCAAAGAUCGUUUUCUGCGGAUGUAUGAGUUCUCAACUCAGAAAGACACUCAAAUAAUUCCUAUUCGAAGGCCUGGUUCAUCUUCCUUGAACCAAGGAGCGAAGACACUUUCUUAUAGUCCUACUGAAAAUGCAGUAUUAAUCUGUUCAGACGUGGAUGCGGGUUCAUAUGAACUUUAUAUCAUACCAAAAGAUAGCGCUGGCCGAGGUGAGAGUAUGCAGGAAGCGAAAAGGGGAAGUGGAGGAUCAGCAGUUUUUGUUGCUCGAAAUAGGUUUGCAGUGCUUGAUAAGAGCACCAACCAAAUCCUUGUUAAGAACCUUAAAAACGAGGUUGUAAAAAAGAGUGCCAUUCCCAUUGUCAUUGAUGCAAUAUUUUAUGCUGGAACCGGAAACUUGCUCGGUAGGGCAGAGGAUAAAGUAGUUAUUUUUGACCUUCAGCAGAGGCUUAUUCUCGGGGAGCUUCAAACUCCAUUUGUAAGGUAUAUUGUUUGGUCAAACGACAUGGAAUCUGUUGCUCUCCUAAGCAAACAUUCUAUUGUGAUAGCGAAUAAGAAGCUUGUUCAUCAAUGUACUGUACAUGAGACAAUUCGUGUUAAGAGUGGGGCUUGGGAUGAUAAUGGUAUCUUCAUAUACACUACGCUGAACCACAUCAAGUACUGCCUUCCGAAUGGGGACAAUGGGAUUAUUAAGACUCUUGAUGUUCCAUUGUAUAUAACAAAAGUGAACAAAAACACUAUUUACUGUUUGGAUCGAGAAGGAAAGAACCGAGACAUUAUUAUUGAUUCAACUGAAUAUGUUUUCAAGUUGUCACUUCUGAAGAAAAGAUAUGACCAGGUUAUGAGCAUGAUUAGGAGUUCUGACCUCUGUGGACAGGCUGUGAUAGCGUAUCUCCAGCAGAAAGGCUUCCCAGAGGUUGCUCUUCAUUUCGUCAAAGAUGAGAGGACCCGUUUCAAUUUGGCACUUGAGAGUGGUAACAUCCAGAUUGCUGUUGCGUCUGCUAAGGAAAUAGAUGAGAAGGAUCACUGGUACCGGUUGGGUGUGGAGGCCCUUCGUCAGGGUAAUGCAGCCAUUGUAGAAUAUGCAUACCAGAGGACAAAGAACUUUGAGAGGUUAUCAUUCUUGUAUCUUAUUACUGGAAAUUCGGAUAAGUUAUCUAAAAUGCUAAAAAUUGCUGAAGUGAAAAAUGAUAUAAUGGGUCAGUUUCACAAUGCUUUAUAUUUGGGUGAUAUCAAUGAGCGGGUUAAGAUCUUGGAGAAUGCUGGCCACUUGCCCCUUGCUUAUGUUACAGCUGCAGUUCAUGGGCUCCAUGAAACUGCAGAACGUUUGGCAGCUGAACUAGGUGACAAUGUUCCUUCUGUACCAGCUGGUAAAUCACCAUCUCUUUUGGUGCCUCCAAGCCCACUCAUUUGUGGUGGAGACUGGCCCUUGCUGAGGGUUAUGAAGGGAAUGUUUGAGGGUGGUCUUGAUAAUGUUGUCAAGAAUGCAGAGGAAGAGUUUGAGGAGGCUGAAGAUGCUGAUUGGGGAGAGCAUUUGGACAUUGUUGACGAGGAAACCUUGCAGAAUGGCAAUGGUGUCAGUUUGGUUAUGGAAGACGGGGAGGUACAUGAGGAGAACGAAGAGGGAGGAUGGGAUCUUGAAGAUCUUGACCUUCCACCUGAGGCUGAAACCCCAAAAACUGCCAACAAUGCCCGUUCAAUUUUUGUUGCCCCAACUCCUGGUGUGCCUGUUAGUCAAAUUUGGGUCCAAAAGUCAUCCCUUGCGGCUGAACAUGCAGCUGCCGGUAAUUUUGAUACUGCAAUGCGGUUAUUGAGCCGGCAGCUGGGUAUACAGAAUUUCGCUCCUUUAAGAUCAUUAUUCCUUGAGUUACACAUGGGUAGUCAUUCUCAUCUAAGGGCCUUCUCGUCAGCUCCUGUGAUUUCUGUUGCGAUUCAGAGGGGAUGGAGUGAAGCAGCUAGCCCCAAUGUCAAAGGUCCCCCUGUACUUGUGUUUAAACUAUCUCAGCUGGAUGAGAAGCUUAAAGAUGCUUAUAGGGCGACAACUAAUGGGAAAUUCCAAGAGGCUUUACGUCUUUUUCUCAGUAUUCUACAUACUAUUCCUCUUAUUGUAGUUGAUUCAAGGAGAGAGGUCGAUGAAGUAAAAGAAUUAAUUAUCAUUGUAAAGGAAUAUGUUCUGGGUUUGCAGUUGGAACUCAAGAGGAAGGAAAGCCAGGGUGAUCCUGUUCGCCAACAAGAGCUGGCAGCCUACUUCACCCACUGUAGUUUGCAAAUAAUUCACUUGAGACUGGCGCUGAUGAAUGCUAUGACUGUUUGCUACAAAGCUGGUAAUCUUAUCACGGCAGCUAAUUUUGCCAGGCGACUGUUGGAAACCAACCCCAAAGAUAACCAAGCAAAAACUGCUAGGCAAGUCUUGCAGGCAGCAGAGAGGAACAUGAAAGAUGCCUCCCAGUUGAACUAUGACUUCAGGAACCCAUUUGUUGUCUGUGGCGCAACAUAUGUGCCCAUAUAUCGUGGACAGAAGAAUGCUUCAUGCCCGUACUGCAGCUCUCAUUUUGUGCCAGCACAGGAAGGACAGCUUUGUACUGUUUGUAAUCUUGCUGUCGUUGGAUCAGAUGCAUCGGGUUUGCUCUGUUCUCCUUCCCAGAUCAGAUGAUCUUAAUACUGAGCAAGUAAGAUCAAUUUUUCAACUCAGUAAAUGCUAUGGUUUUGUUUGGUGUUUCAUCUCCUCUAGCAGGGACGAUAUUUUGAAUGGAAGGAUUGUGUUUAUGUUGUAUUUGUGUUUUAAUCUAUGUUGCCAUGUUUCAUCCGUCUCUUCCACUUGAUCUCUGUCAGGAUUUAAUUCUAUAUGUUGUCAUCAUUUUUACUGUAAUAAACUUCAGAAAUCAGAACUUCGAGAAGUAGCGUAUUAGGCUGGGGUGGUGGUGUUCGAAAUUUUGAUUGACAUAUGGUGUUGGUAAUUGAAGCUUCAUUUGUUA